AUGAAUCCAAAGACUACUUCUGGCUUCCGUGCCAUUCUUUUUGAUUGGGACUUCUACUGGAAUUGGAAUGGAGUUGCCAUGAGCGGCUUCUGGUUAGUUCUUCUGGCUGUCCUGCUCGCCAUUCCUUCUCUUGGUUUGCUCCCCUGGAGCCGUGAGUCUGUUCAGAGGCACAGCUGCAUGUGGUCCGCGGCAACGGAGCUCGCCCAGCUCUCGGAAGAUACAGCGGGUUGCUUGGAGUACCUCAUGACAAUUCUCCAGGAGGAGGCUUGGAAGUUUCCUUUCCAUGCGGAUAGCUCCAACUUCUACAUCCGGCAGCUGGGAAACUGGGCCAUCCCUUCAAGAGCAGUUUACAUGUUUGGGACUGCGGAAGCCCUAGACCCAAGACCCCAAAUCCCCGUCGCGCAAAUCGUGAAGCCCGUGAAACAUCUGCUUGUUUGCAGGAACAAAGAUAAUCGUUCGGAAUUAAUUUUAGGUGAUCAUGUCAAUUUUGCGAACACGACAGCCCUCACAGUACUCAAAGUAGCCGUUUUCUCAACCCUCACGAAAAGUAACAUGUUUUUUGUUUUGCUUAAAAUGGUGCAAACCAUACACUCCCUAGCUCCUAGACAUUGCCAUAAACCUCAAACUACACACUCGACGAAACCCCAAACCCCGAGCCCAAACCCUAAACCCCAAACUGUUCUUGGAGCCUCACAAACAAAAACCUAA